AUGUCUUCUCAAAUUUUACACGAUCUGGCCAUGGACCAAGCGGACAACCGCCGACCCAGCGUCAUAUCGGCUCCUUAUGGGCAGGCUUGCACAAACUGCGCUCGGGCAAAGCAUCGAUGCAUCUAUCGCUCCGAUAGUCGACAAUGCGAAAGAUGUCGUCGAUUGGAGAAGGAGUGUAUACCGUCCGUUUCGGCGCGAAGACUGGCUGCCAAGCACCAGAUGGGGCCUCGCACAGCAGAUUUGGAAGAAAAGAUUGAGAAUCUCAUGACACUUCUCCAGAAUCAGGCGGCUACAAAAACAGAAUCCCAUGUUAAUCCGUCUCCAACACGCAUCAGUACGCCGGCGCCAAGUGGAGAUUUUCGCCACAGCGGAAGUGGCAAUGAUAGUUCUGUAGGCACUGGUGCGAGCCCAGAAUUAGCUGGCCCUGGUCACUCGGAUUUACUAGCUCUAGGAGAAAGUGCCUAUCGCCAGAGGUCACAGCUCGACAUCCUUACGUCGGCUUUCGAGCCCCAGCUGCACCAGGCCGAGGACUGUCUGGAAUACUUCCAUUCCAGCAUGCUGACCUCGUUCCCCUUUGUGUAUCUCCGCCCAGAUAUGACUGCAAGGCAGCUCCGUGAAUGGUAUCCGUUCUUAUGGGUCAACAUAAUGGCUGUCACGUCCAAACACGUGACUAACCAGGACUUUUCAAUGACAGACAGCAUCAAGCGCUUCGUUGCACAGAAGGUAGUUGUAGAUAAUGAAGCUAACCUAGACCUUCUACUGGGGUUGCUCGUUUUCAUAUGCUGGUUCCAUUGCCACCACAAGGGCAAACUAUAUAUCGCUGUAAUGGUCUCGCUUGCGUACUCGAUUAUCACGGAGAUGCAAUUGAACAAAGGGCCACUAGAAACACAAACUAUCGCCCCUUGGACACAGAUACCACCCCAAGACGCGAAGACCACGGCAGGACGACGAGCCAUGCUAGCAUACUUUCUCUUGGUUUCUCAGGUCUCUCAUACAAAGAAAAGUAUCGAUGUACCGGAGUGGAAUCCCUAUCUGGACGGGUGCCUCCAAGCAAUAUCGCAGCACCCAGAAUGGCCUGGCGAUGAGCAGCUCGCAGCUCAAAUUAAGAUACAGUUGCUUGUUGACAAAAUAAGCCGGGGUCCUUGGAAGAAUCAAGACUUUCUCCCAUCCAUAUCCUACAUAGGAGGACUUCAGUCGCAAUUGGAGAAAAUAAAGGCGCAACUCCCCCGAUCCCUUACUCAAAAUGGCAACCCAAACUACCAGCGCCAGCAACUACUUGAGGCGCAUCUCACGACUAUAUCGCGUAUAUUUGACCAAUUUUUUGCUAUCUCCCCGGAGCAAUACCCUGGUGUUAUUUUUACCCGCUGGUGUAAGAUGGCCCACUGUUUGAUACUCCUGCACCACCUGCACGUUCUCGACGACCCGUCGUGGGACCCGGCGACGGCGCGCGAGCGAGUUGAUCUUUUCGCAAUAGGCGAUCGCCUGGCCAGCAUCCUGGCGGAAGCCGGGGGCAGUGGCAGAGGUGCGCUGAGCUCGACAGAUGACAGCAUGUCCAUCAGAUUCUCUAGGAUGAUCCGAUCCAUGUGUAAUGCUUGGUGGGCCGAAUUUCAGUCUUUAGAGCGUAGGCAGCAGUCUGGUGGUCGCCACUGGCAGUCGCAAAGCCUAUGGCGAGCCCCGAACAUAGGUAUAGCUACAGGAAUACGAGGCAAGCUUGCACAUGGAGGAAUGACGCCAGCCCCUCCUUUUGAAAUGAUAUCUGACGAUGUAUGGCUGAAUGAAAUGCUUGAUAUGGCAUAG